GUUGUUUCAGCUGACAAACUACCUCCCGGAUUCCCCCAAAUAACGCAAUCUCCGAUCACAAACAAAGUCGUGGAGAUCGGCCAUAACGCCGUUUUGAAAUGCGAGGCAUCGGGCAAUCCGCCGCCCAGAAUAACUUGGCUGAAAAAUAUGCUGCCCAUCAACAUCACCAGCCCAGGAUCCAGGUAUUCCAUAAGGGACGACAUGCCAGGUUCUCUUCAGAUACUAUCGAGUGAAGAAAAAGAUCACGGAAAAUAUGAAUGUGUGGCUGAAAACUCAAUCGGCACCGAUUAUUCGAAGCAUUCGCUACUAUACGUCAAAGUUCGACGUGUGCCGCCCCAAUUUUCUAUACCGCCACCAUCGAUAAAUGAAGUUAAAUUAGGAGACGAUCUGAAUCUCACCUGCGUUGCUGUCGGAUCUCCAAUGCCGUUUGUGAAGUGGCGAAAAGGGCUAACUCAGGAGCUAACUCCUGAAGAUAAACUGCCCAUUGGAAAGAAUACUCUAGAGCUGAGUAAUAUCCAGGAAUCCGCGAAUUAUACAUGUAUCGCUGCCAGUGCUCUUGGGGUUAUAGAAGCACCUGCCGUUGUGAAAGUUCAAUCUCUUCCUGGACCUCCUACUAAUGUCAAAGUCUCUGAAAUCACUGCUACAUCAGUGAGACUCACAUGGUCCUACAAUGGCCCAGAAGACCUGCAGUACUAUGUGAUCCAGUACAAACCAAAAUAUGCUAAUCAAGCCUACAGCGAGAUCAGUGGAAUCAUCACAAUGUACUACUCUGUGAGAAAUUUGAGUCCUUACACUGAGUAUGAAAUGUAUGUGAUUGCCGUGAAUAACAUUGGAAGGGGACCCCCAAGUGCACCUGCCGUUGUCACUACAGGGGAGACAGAACCGGGAACAUCUCCCAAAAAUGUGCAAGUUCGUCCAUUGAGCUCGAGUACCAUGGUGAUACAGUGGGAAGAGCCUGAAACACCAAAUGGACAAGUAACGGGAUACAAAGUAUACUAUACGACGAAUGCCCAACAACCGAUGGCCCUGUGGGAAUCCCAAGUAGUCGAUAAUAAUCAAUUGACAACAAUCAGUGAGCUUACGCCUCACACCAUUUACACUAUCAGGGUACAAGCCUUCACCUCAGUGGGUCCAGGUCCAUUGAGUGCUCCAGUUCACGUCAAAACACAACAAGGUGUGCCCAGUCAGCCCAGCAACCUGCGGGCCUCCGACAUCGGCGAGAGCUCGGUGACCUUGCAAUGGACCAAACCCACCCAUUCCGGCGAGAAUAUCGUCAGCUACGAGCUCUACUGGAACGACACGUACGCCAAGGAGAAGCACCACCGGCGCAUCCCCAUCGCCGAGCUGUACACGCUGACGGGUCUCUACCCGAACACCCUGUACUACGUGUGGUUGGCGGCGCGGUCGCAGCGCGGCGAGGGCGCCACCACGCCGCCCAUUCCGGUCAGGACGAAGCAAUACGUACCCGGCGCGCCGCCCAGCAACGUUAUCGGAGAGGCGGUAAGUCCCACGGCGAUCAGAGUGAGCUGGGACCCGCCGCCUGCCAAUCGCAGCAACGGCAACAUCGUCUACUACAAGCUGCAGUUCGUCGAGUCGGACAGGUCGGACAGCGAAGCGAACGUGGUCAGGUUCAACGGGACGAGCUUCGAGCUGGACGAGCUCAAGCGGUGGACGACUUACAGGAUUUGGGUGCUGGCUGGGACGUCGGUGGGGGACGGGCCCAGUUCGUAUCCCAUCACCGUGAGAACUCACGAAGAUGUGCCUGGAGAUCCUCAAGAUGUUAAAGUCACACCGCUCAAUUCAACGACAAUUAAAGUUAACUGGAAGCCACCAUUGAUCAGAGAACAAAAUGGCAUCAUCUUGGGAUAUCACGUGCAUGUUCAGGAAACUAAAGAAGAGGGCAAGAGCUUCUUCAACGAACCGAUGAAGUACGACGUUUUCGGCGAUUCUCUGCUGGAACUGAACGUGACAGGCCUCCAACCGGACACGCUGUACUCAGUGCAGGUGGCAGCACUGACUAGGAAAGGUGAUGGAGAUCGCAGCGCCCCAGUGAGCGUUCGGACCCCUGGAGGGGUUCCAAAUCGACCGGCAUUGGCUCUGAAGGUUAUAGAACGAGAGCCUACAGUGACCAUCGAACUGGAGUGGUCGAGACCGACUCAGACUUAUGGAGAAUUGAAAGGAUAUAGGCUGAGAUAUGGUGUGAAAGAUCAGUUGCUGAAGGAUGUAAUGUUGAAAGGAAUACAUGUGACGAAUUACCGAAUAACAGAUCUGGAAAGAGGAGUAGAAUUCGAAUUCCGAGUAGCUGGUCAAAAUCACAUCGGCAUCGGACAAGAAGCUAUAAAAUACUUCAAAACACCUGAAGGACCACCGACCGGCCCUCCAACUAACAUAACCUAUCACUUCCAAACUCCAGAUGUGGUCUGCGCCACAUGGAGUCCGCCAAUCAGAGAACACCGUAAUGGGCAGAUCACGAAAUAUGAUAUCCAAUUUCACAAAAAGUCUGACCACAGUAAUAUUAUUGUAAGGAAUGUUUCUCACACCAAAGCUGUGUUCACUAACUUGGAAGAAAACACAGAGUAUGUCUUCCACGUAAAAGCCUAUACCAGUCAGGGUGAAGGCCCCAAUAGUGAGAAAGUCACUAUACAAACUGAACGUGACAUUGGCCGAGCUCCUAUGUCAGUCAAAGCUGUAGCCACCUCUGAUUCGAGUGUCGAAGUCUGGUGGGAGCCUGUACCAUCUAGAGGCGGUAAAAUAAUAGGUUAUAAAAUAUUUUACACAAUGACAGCUGUCGAAGACUUGGAUGAAUGGCAGCAGAAGACCGUUGGGCUCACAGAGUCCGCAGAUUUAGUAAACCUGGAAAAAUACGCUCAGUACGCUAUAGCGGUAGCCGCUAGAAUGAAAAACGGUCUGGGAAGGUUGUCCGAGAAAGAACUCGUAAAAGUGAAACCCGAGGAUGUGCCAUUGAAUCUGAGAGCACAUGAGGUUACGACACAUUCCAUGACCCUGUCUUGGUCCCCACCCAUCAGACUAAACCCUGUCAACUACAAAAUCUCGUUCGAUGCUAUCAAGGAGUUCGUUGAUUCCCAAGGAAUCACGCAAAUUCAAACCAUCCCUAGGGUCGAUAUCAAGCUGAAUUCCGAGAUCAGAUCACAUACUAUUAAUGAACUAUCACCGUUCACAACAUACAAUGUUAACGUUAGUGCUAUCCCGACUGACAACUCUUAUAGACCACCUACGAAGAUCACCGUCACGACUCAAAUGGCAGCUCCACAACCCAUGGUUAAACCGGAUUUCUAUGGCGUAGUGAACGGCGAAGAGAUUCACGUCAUUUUACCGCAAGCAUCUGAAGAGUAUGGCCCAAUAAGUCACUACUUCUUGGUGGUUGUCCCUGAAAAUAAGAUGACAAUACAGAAAAACCCUGAUCAGUUUCUGACGGACGAGCUUCAAUCGAACGUCGACAAAAUUUCUGAAACACCAGGGUUGCCUUAUAUUGCAGCUAAGUUCCCUCAGAGGAACAUACCAUAUACUUAUCACUUGGGUACUGGUGAAAGUAAUGAUGGGUAUGUGAAUUACAAAUUGGAGCAUGGAAAAAGGUAUAGGAUCUUCGUUCGGGCAGUGGUUGACACGCCACAAAAGCACUUGUACACUAGCAGCCCAUUCAGUGAAUUCCUGUCCCUAGAUAUGCGUGAGGUACCACCAGGCGACCCUCCACUCAGACCUAACCCUAACACGCCCACUGAGAAUGACGUCAAAGUUAGUUCCCAGAGAAAAGAAGCGGGCGUGUUCUGGAUUAUAGGCCCGAUUAUAGCAGCUCUCUUACUAUCUGUGAUACUCGUUAUACUUUUUAUCCUAAGGAAACGUAGGCAGCCUUGUAAAACUCCUGAUCAAACGGCGGUAACCAGGCCUCUGAUUCAACCAGAUCUGAAUGCCAGUAUCGCGCCCAGUGAUCCCGUAGAGAUGCGAAGACUGAAUUUCCAAACUCCAGCUAUGAUUUCGCAUCCUCCCAUAUCGAUCAGUGAGCUGGCGAACCACAUUGAGCGGCUGAAAUCCAAUGAUAACCUCAAAUUCUCUCAGGAAUACGAAAGCAUCGAGCCCGGGCAGCAGUUUACCUGGGAUCACUCGAACAUGGACGUCAACAAGCCCAAGAAUCGUUACGCCAACGUUAUCGCGUACGAUCACAGCAGGGUUAUCCUGCCCAGCGAGAGCGGCAUCUUGGGCACCGAUUACAUAAACGCGAACUAUUGCGACGGUUAUAGGAAACAUAAUGCGUACGUGGCCACUCAGGGACCGCUUCAAGAGACCUUCGCCGACUUCUGGCGAAUGUGCUGGGAGCUGAAGUCGGCGACUAUCGUGAUGAUGACGAAACUGGAGGAGCGCACGCGCAUCAAGUGCGACCAGUAUUGGCCCACCCGAGGUACGGAGACCUACGGUUGUAUGUCGGUGACUGUCACGGAGGUGCAGGAAUUGGCCACCUAUUGCAUAAGGACCUUCCAGCUGCACAAAGAUGGGUAUACGGAUCGCAGGGAGUUGAAGCAGUUGCAGUUCACGGCGUGGCCCGAUCAUGGGGUACCCGAUCAUCCGGCGCCGUUUUUGCAGUUUUUGCGGAGGGUGAGGAGUUUGAAUCCGCAGGAUGCUGGGCCGGUUAUCGUGCAUUGUUCGGCAGGUGUUGGAAGAACAGGCUGCUUCAUCGUGAUCGAUUCGAUGCUGGAGCGCAUGCGCCACGAGAAAACGGUCGACAUCUACGGUCACGUGACGUGCUUGCGCGCGCAGCGCAACUACAUGGUGCAAACCGAGGACCAGUACAUCUUCAUCCACGACGCGCUGCUCGAGGCGUACGCGUGCGGACCCACGGAGGUGUCGGCGCGUAGUCUGCACUCGCACAUCCAGCAGCUGAUGCAGCUGGAGCAGGGCGACAACGUGUCGGGCAUGGAGCGCGAGUUCAAGAAGCUGAGCAACAUUAAGACUGAUUCGUCGCGGUUCGCCACGGCGAACUUACCGUGCAAUAAGCAUAAAAAUAGAUUGGUACAUAUCUUGCCGUUCGAGGCCACCAGGGUGUGCCUGACGCCUUUGCGCAGCCUCGAAGGUUCCGACUACAUCAACGCCAGCUUCAUCGACGGGUACCGCUACCGCAGGGCGUACAUCGCGACGCAAGGCCCGAUGCCGGACACGGCCGACGACCUGUGGCGGAUGCUGUGGGAGCACAACAGCACCAUCGUGGUGAUGCUGACGAAGCUGAAGGAGAUGGGGAGGGAAAAAUGUCACCAGUAUUGGCCCAGUGAACGCUCGGUGCGUUACCAGUGCUUUGUUGUUGAUCCUAUAGCCGAAUACAAUAUGCCACAAUAUAUUCUUCGUGAAUUCAAGGUGACUGAUGCACGAGAUGGUUCAUCCAGGACAAUCAGACAGUUCCAAUUCACCGACUGGCCAGAACAGGGAGUUCCGAAAUCAGGUGAAGGGUUCAUCGACUUCAUUGGUCAAGUCCACAAGACCAAGGAGCAAUUCGGACAAGAUGGACCAAUCACAGUACAUUGCAGUGCUGGUGUCGGUAGGACCGGUGUGUUUAUUACGUUGAGCAUUGUACUGGAAAGAAUGCAAUAUGAAGGAGUGGUAGAUGUAUUCCAGACUUGUAGAAUCCUCCGUACUCAGCGACCAGCUAUGGUACAAACAGAGGAUCAGUACCAGUUUUGUUAUCGAGCAGCUCUGGAGUACCUCGGCUCGUUCGAUCACUACGCCACUUAGGGCGGCCAUGUGACGUAAUACUGGUUUCCGCCCUCAUCCCCGCCAUUCCCCCACCCCCAACCGACAAAUGAGCAGGAGAUUCUUGACAUCAAAUUAGUGUUCUUGUCUAUUGUAGCAAGUAUGAAAAUAUUGAUAUUACCUAUUAAUUGAAUGAAAUGAAAAUAAUCACUUAUGAUUAUAAGGUGCAGCUGUAUAGGUACUCAUAAUCCCUAUUUUUGUUGACCUAUCACUUAAUGCAUGCCCAUAUGCAAUUAAAUAAUAAUUAAUGUCUUCAUUGUGAUAUUAUUUUUGUUAUUUUUUAAUUUACAUUAAUUGUAUUCUUGAAUUGUAUUUUGAUAUGUUUUUCUCUAUUUCAUUGACUUUUAUUGUGUAUUUUACUAUUGUCAAUAAAUGAUUAUUUAGUUUC